ACGGUGAGUUGCUACUGAAAAAAAUCCAGUUGACGCUGUUUAUCGCUUGGGGGCGUCGUGUUCGUUAAAAAAAUGUUAGUAGGAAUCUGUCGAAAAUGAAGAAUUCAGUUUUGCUAAUAGUUAGAACUUUAGUUAUGCUGUAGGCAAAUAUUUUAUCAUGGUGUUUUAUUAGCUAGGUAGUGAAAUAUAUAAUUUCGAAGGGGCAGGCGGUGAUUCCGGUGCGUAAAGUCAUAAGACUUGUGUCAUCUGACUGCACUUCCUUUAAGAUGGCUCCUCCGCCGGAGUAUGAUAAGGAACCAAAAGCCCCGGAUAAAAGUGCGACUAAUAUUCCCAGUGAAGAUUCAAAAGCAUUGUACAAUCUAGUUAAUGAACAUCAAACCAAUUCGGACUCUAAAUCUACGAAUUCAUCUGCCAACGCCGAAGUGGAGAACAACAAACACGUGGAGACACUAGACGACGGACAGUUGCGCGCGCUGCUGGAUGAGGCCAUCACCUACAAGUGCCCCAAGGACCGCGAGGGCAAGAGCAGUCUGUUCAAGGAGCUCCUCGAGGAAGUGGAGCAGGACGAACAGGACGAGCAGGCGUGCGAGGCGGCGGCGCGGCUCGGCGGCGGGCGCGCGCGGCGCGGCGGCGGGCGCGGGCGGCGCGCGCUGCCGCACUCCAACUCGCUGCAGGACCUCGUGGCCGCGCUGGCGGCCGAGCCGGCCCCGCGCCGCGCCAGACACAGCCAUCACCCGCCCGCGUCCGUGUCCGCGCGCGCCAUCCACGGCGGCAGCCUGCCCUCCGGCGUCGACACCUCGUUUCUUCUAAGCGAAGAGCCGAUGCGCGGCGCGGUGGCGAGCACAGUGGGCGGCGCGGAGUACGUGGCGACGGUGCGCUGCGUCAACCCCAGCCCGCUGGCCGAGCGCCGCGUGUCCGCCAGCGACGCGCACUGCCCCGACACCGACGCGCUCAACAGGCGGAGCAAGCCGGUGUUCCCGAUGUACACGGCGCGUGCGACGCUGGAGAUCGGCAGCGGCAGCGUGUGCUCGGGCCGCGCGGUCACCACCACCACCGCCUCCAACCAGGUGCGUACCCCCCCUCCCCAGACACCAGGUAACACCCCCCGACCGCGCGGCCCGGAGCCGGCCCGCCGUGUCACGCCACUGACGGCUAGAGACCCCAGAGGGAGGAGCGCCCGCCCCCCGGACCCCGCGGGAGACAGAGAUAGAAGCUUCUGGCACGACAAUGCGUGUGUCGACAAAUGGUAUCGAGGUCUCGAGGCUUACAAUGCACCGCUGGAUCGCCUGAGCGGCGCUAUGCUCAACAGCAAAGACUUCUAUAAAAACGAACAAAUCGACGAUUACUAUCAAAACUCGCCACAUCGGAGUCCUGUCAAAUUACCUAAAAAUUAUAUCGUUACGUCGCGCCUUACUUUAGUAUCUAGAGAUAAAUACAUUCCGGUAGCUAGUGAAAACCCUUAUGAAACGAAAAAUUAUUCAGAUAUGUAUCAUGACAUACCUAAAAUGUUAGAUGUAAAAGAUGUUGAGGAAGCUAUGGCUAGACAAGCAUAUCGUGAGCGUGUAGGAAAAGACUUAGUCGCGCCGUCUUUAGUAUGUUGUAAUCCUAAGAACGUUAGGAGUAUGUCGAUAGGGCCAUCUUUGCACGUUAAUAUCGAUAAAAAUUAUCAAAACCCAGGCACUAGUGACGCCCGCGAUAAGAAUAAAGAUAAAUCUAAUCGUAAUACGCGUAAUAGAAAUGAACGCCAUGCGAAUGUCAAUGCCGUCACUGAUAAACCUGCACCGGCCAAGCCUGAUAGUAGUAAACCUGAUAAACGAAGUAAAAUGAAUCAUAGUGAAACUAGUAGUGCAGGGAAAACUAGGUCAUCUUCGCCUCGGACUCUAAAAUCCGAAGUUAGUCGUAACUCAUCAAAACGAAAUAAUAUUGAGGAUAAAAGUAACAAGGAUAACGAUCAGGAAAAGCCUCGGAUGGAAAAAACACAACUAGAAAAAGACACAGACCUUGUUAUUAUGAAAGAAAAUUCUCAAAAUAAUAUUGAACUAACUAAGAUAGAAAAGGCUGAAGAGAAGGAAACCCCUAUAAUAGAAAACGCUGAACUGAAAGAACACCCUACAAUAGAGGACAAUAAAGACAUUAAAGACGUUGAAAUGGGAACAAAACAAAUAACUCAAAAAAGCUUCUUUGAUUUUGUUAAAAUGGUGGCUGAUGAAGAAAAUCAGCGCAACGCUAACGAUGACAACAUUAGUUUCGUUGAAAUGAUUAUGACAAAAAAAGACGAAUCUCGAACUGACGCAGAUAAUACUAAACCUGAAGUCGAACACACAAAUGUUGAAAUGGUUUCAAUGCAAAGUUCUCCUGAAACUGAAAACUCUAAUGAAUUUUCACUAUUCAUGGCGAAUCAACAGCGAUUACUUCGAGCUAUAGAAUCAAACAACUCCCAUUAUGAGCAUAACGAGACUUCUAUUCCCGAAACAGAGUUUUCUAAAAAUACUGAACAACCAGAAGAAGACCAAGAGAUGCCAAAAGUUGAAACACCAAUCAUAAAUCCAUUUAUACUAACAGUUGAAAGAGCGCUUAAUCCAGUCUCUGAAAUGGACUGCUUUGAUGAUAAGGACUCUGAAACUAGCGGCACAGAAAUGGUGGACAUGAGGCGGGCCAGAACAUCCGACUACGCGCAGGACCUGCCGGUCAACGCUUCCUAUUUCCUAACGCUUUACAAACGCUUACUCACAUCCCCCAGUAACAUAGAUAACACCGUAGACAUUAAACCCAGUGAGGCCAAACCGCCGCUCGUCGCUCUCGACUCCACGGCCAAGCUGCCAAAGAAGAAAAAAGACAAAAUAACCGCCCGCCUCGCCAGAAAGCCGCACAACGAGAACUCGAACAGGAAGAAAGACAUCAUUAGAAACGCGCUUAAAAAGCUUUUUUUCGAUAACAUAACGCAAAGCGAUAGUACAAAGCUGCCCAGCAAAGCUACCACGAAAGAGGUCGAUUCCGCUAUACCGUUUAGUUGCAUCACCAGUCCGGAGGUGGUGGCGAGCUGCACGACCACGGCGUCGGCGCAGGCGGCGGUGCCCGUCGAUCCCAAGCCGGCGCGCAGCAUGACGGCGUCCACGUUCAACGGCGUGCCGCUGCCGCGCGCCGGGCCGCACUUCACCACCGCCGCCGCCGAGCUGGAGUUUAAACAGAAAUCCUUGGACGAGAACGGCAACUCAGUACAGGGAUUCAGCUCGCCCCAAUCGGGCUCUAGUCAACAGAAGAAGCAGCGGAGAAAAAAGUCUUCUAAAAACGAGACCGUCAUCAAGUCGCACCACAUCGACGGCUACCAGGGCAACAAGGACUUGAACGAGGUGCUCCGGUUUAUAGAAUCCAACGAGCCGGAGCGCCCCAAACGACACGACGACAAGAAGAAAAGAUCUGCGGAGAGGCGCAAAGAUAAACAACCCCGAGCGUCGAGUCUCGACGACUUGUCCCGCGCCGCCCCGCCGCCCGCGCGGCCCGCUCGCCCCGCCCAGCCCGCCCCCAAACCGGAACGCCGCUCCUGGGGCGACGAGCGCCAGCCCUUCUACUUCCGAGACCCCAACCCCGAGCCGGACCCCGAGCUAACAGAUUUCCAGACGGUCACUAAGAAACGCAAGCCGCGCCGCCGCGCCGACGAACCCUCGCCUCGCCCCCCGCGCCGGGCGCCUUCCCCCCGCUCGCCGCCCUCGCCCCGAGCGCGCUCCGACCGCUCGAACGACUCCAACGACGACCUGGACUCGGUGCACUCGCUGCCGUCGCUGCCGUGCCGGCCCGCGCCGCCGGCCAGCUACGCGGACAUCGCGCGCACCAAGCACAACAUCCCGGACCUCAUCGAGAGCUGCAACUACUACGGCGAGGGCGCGCCCGAGCAGCCCGCGCUGCCGGAGCCCGCGCCGGCGCCGGGAGACGCCGAUGGGUAUCCAGCGCUGGACCCGCGGCCGCGCCGCAGCAAGCCCCCCGCGGGGGUCCGGCCGCGCAAGGAGGAGCGGCGCGAGGAGCCGGCGCCGGACGUGGUGGCGUCGCGGCCGCCCGUCAUCCUGCUGGACUCGGCCGCCCGGCCGCGCGACAUGGACGGCGUCACGUUCGGCUUCGACAUCGACGAGCGCCUGCUGGGCGCGCGCCGCUGCGACCUGCUCGCCUGCGAGCCCGUGCCCGUGCGAGCUGGCAACGCCGCGCUGCGCUACGUGCAGCCCGCGCCGCCCGCCGAGCUCACGCAUCUGCACCAGAUCGUCGACUACGUGGGGACAGCAUGGGAAGACGUGGUGCGGUGUAGCAGCGGCAAGGUUCGCUACUUCAGCGAGUGAGCGGCCGCGAGCGUCGAUUGUAGUCGCUUAGUCAGAACAGAACUACUGGAACAGUCCCACGAGGAUGCGUGUGCAGUGCAGUGCAGUGCAGUGCAGUGCAGUGACAGUGUAGUGCGGGUUACAAACCCCGGCCGCCCAGCGGCCCAGUCCAACUUCGAGCGUAUAUUAAGUGUUUUCGCUGUGAUUUUAAAGUGACUCUAUUUUCGCUUGUAAAUAAGAUGUCCACGAUCUUGUCUAAGCAUUUAUUGCAUUAAAUUAGCACUCGAAAUGUGCCGGCGAUAUCGGAGUCGUUUGGUCGGGAGUUCGGGACCCCCUUAGAUAGACUUGUUGAACUUCUAGAAAUGAUUGGCGGGAGAGGGUCUCGGGACCAGGGGUGUUUCGUUUCAGUUGAGCGUUUGUUUCUGUUAUGUUUAUUAUUGUGCUUGAUUUUUGUUAUGUAAUCACAAAUAUUUGGUAGACUUUCUCUAACUAGCCACUGUAGAACUCACGACAGUCUGAUUUGUUAUGUAUUUUUAAGUUUCACCAUUUUAAAUUGUAAAUAAAAUAAAGAUCUUAUAAGGUGUAUCUAGCCAUAUAAAUUUAAAUGGAUCUUAUGUGAAAAAAAUAUAACAAUCUUAACCGAUAUAUAUAUAUAUAUUUAUAAAUGGAAGCUAACCUUAUUAUUGUGUUUGAAGGUUUGACCAAGCCGUGUAUUAAUCUAAUGAUACAUAUUGUACAUAGAGCCGAUGUUUGUCUGACGCAUGUCCGCACACUCGCCGCAUUUACGUUAACAGUGAUGAUUGGAGGAGCUUUCUGUGGCUGCGAGCGAGUGUUAGCUUCGUCCUGCCGUGUCGGCGCCCGAGUGUCCGCCGUACUAGCCAUGCGCGUUAAAGUGCGUCCACAUCUGGCGAACGCGCCAACUUAGUUCUAUGCGCUGCGCGCGUACAGUGCGCGAGUGAUUGGCGAAUAGGGUUGCCAAACGUCAGGAUUCCCCUAACGUGUCAGGAUUUUUUAACCCUUGUCAGGAUUGCGGGGGGACUUGGCGAGAAGAAACUUCAACUAACCACUAGCUAGCUGCUAAAGAUUUGGGCAGAGUAAAGCGAAGGUUGUGAUGUAACUAUUGUAGCUACAGCAUAUGGUGGCAGUUAUGGGCCUAGUGGCCCACGAAAGGUUUUGGAAUAAGGAACUUAUUUUGGGUGAUAUUUAUCAUAUGGCAACCCUAUUCGUUUACGGCGCUGUCGCCGGGUCUGUGCGCACCCGUAGAUGAUAAUCGUUUUAUGUUUGUUCCUAUAGGUCAUAACUGUCGCAGGGUUAUUGCUACGAGCCCUUGUCUAGUCUGACGGUGUUUGAUAUUCACCGACAUUCCGAUAUGGUUGUAUCGUGAUAUGGUGAGGCAUAUCAGAUGAGAACUAUCAUAGUAUGUAUAACCAGGGAGAGUGAGGUUUGAUUGUUAUCUAGUUUGUCAUCGACUAUCUCUUUCUACAAGCAUAUUAGAUAACUGCUUCGCGAUUAAAUUUCUGCGUACUUUGACCCAACUUUGAUAUGAAUAGAGUCAACGAAACCGACUGAUAUUAUUUAUACUAAGCUUGGCAGUGGUUAUAAAAUAUCAAAUAUUGCUGCAGAACAGGAAAUGUUACAUAAAUGUAUAAUGUAAAAAUAAAUACUAAUUUUAGGGACAUUCUGCUGUUCAAUAAUAUAACGCAUGAUAAUAUUGAGCUUAAUACUUCAUAAGGUGUAAGACAAUGAUUAAAAUUAUUAAGAUUCAUAAAAUGGGGAAUGAUUUAUACAGUGUUUUGUUUUACUCUUGUGUAUUGUUGUGUACAUGUCACUCAUUGAGAUUUUCAAUAUGAAUACAAUGUGGGUAACACAGUUAAAUAGCCCUGCGACUCACUACGUUAAGACAUGCAGAUAUGCAUUACAAUGUAACAAUUACCAAUAUUACUUAGUAAAACGUUGUUUGUAGCGUUUUCCGGUAAAAGGUGGUUUGUCUUAGAUUGUCAAAAGGGCUCUACUAGUAUGAAAAUGCAGGGUACCUUUUGCCUGUGAACGUUACGUAUAUAUCGUGAGACCGCAUUGCAGAAGCAUUACCUAGUACUUCAUGAGUAGGAUAUUAUAUGUAAUAUUCAGAUGUUUAGUCCUAUUAAAUGUAAACACGAACGGCCACUACCAUACUGUAAAGUGUAAAUACGUGGCGGGGUCUGUUGUUUUAAUGAGGUAUACGUUUUCUGGAAGCACUUUGUUGAGAUUUAUAUAUGUACUGAAAGGACGCUCAUAUCAAAGGUAUAGAAAUAUUAUUUAUUAUUUCUUUCCCUUGUAAAAUAUGUAAAUAGAUGUGCAGAAAAAUAUUGGAUUUAUGUUUAGUGCAUAUUAGAUAUUGUAGGUGAAAGAUCUCUGGGUUCGGAUGUUGUGACAAUAUUAAAGGCGCGCGACCAGUUUGUUAAUGCAUAUCGGAAUUGCUUAAGUUCACACAAAAUGAUAACCGGAUUUGAUUAAAUGUCGAACCAGUGUAACAAAUAUUGAGGACUUGAAUAAUUUUAAUAUGCAUCGACGCAAGUAGUUGUAGGUAUAGUAACGCCCGGGGCCACUGAUGGCUGUAUCGAACCAAACGAGCGUUUCGUACCACAGUGUGAUGGCUCAUUAUUGUAUAGGUAUAGUCAAUGCUUAUAAUAUUAUUCUGUGUGGAAGCGUUCGCAGCGAGUUCGGAAAAUGAACGAUAUCAAAUAGUCUGGUUACUUAGAAGGAUUUAGUCCAAAAAGAUAUUACGUGGCAACACUGGUUUAUUGGGUAAGGAGUACGACUGAAGGACUUGUAUCCAUGGUCAUGAAUAAAAAGGGUAAGCAGUAUGUUGCCACGUAAUGUUUUUGGUAUGAAAUGUUAGUAGCAGGGCAUCGCGCGCAGUGCGUGUAGAUUGAAUUAUUGCCUGUUUGAUACAGAAGAGUAAAUGCGUACUUGCACUCGACUUUCUUUAAACUUUUAAAGCUUAUUGUUCUAUGCGAAACGCCUCGAGAUCUUAAUACGUUUACUUACUGCUGUGUAAAGGAAGAAUGGAUGAGCUAAAUUAAAAUUAUAUCGGAGCUGAAAAUAAAUGUAAUUAUUUUUUUUAGGAAUUGGAGUGAUAAUUACUUAGGAAAGAAAGCUAUUUGGCAAUGUGUAAAUGUAUAAAUUAAUGUUGCUAUGUAAGUCUACGAGUGUCUCCUUGCCUGAGUCUUGCAUUUGUUUUCACAAAGACGAUUUCAUAUUUUGGUUUAAAAAUAUACCAUUGGAUAUUAUAUCUGUGGCCAUAACUUUGUUUGUAACUUCCCUGUAUUCAGGCAAUGAGACAAUUGAUCUGUAACAUAAUAUCUAUCAAUAUGAGGAAUUAUUUAUCUGCUUUUUACAUCUAACUCUUAAUUCUGCGUUUUUUCUCUGCUCAUGUUCGUUUGCCAAAGGAACUAGGCUGGUCUGCAAGACGAAUCCUAUUUCUUUUUUAAGGUUUUAAUAUUGUGUUAUUGUUUGUAAUAACUCUAAUUAUAAGGAUGUUUAUGUUAUUUCGAAUUGUCUUAUUGCAGUUUUCAAUUAGCUGGUUCAUAAUUUGAUAUUCUGUGCUUUGACCUGAGAAACACAAGUAGGUAACUUUUAGUUGUAAGAGGAAGGCGCCUCUGCUCUUCGCUAUUUUAACCACAAUGUGUGUUAGGUACAUACAACCCCGUAACAGUUAAUUUUAGGACCAUUAUCAAAAAUUCAGGAGGAACAUUUCACUCGCUCCUAUUGUUACACAUAUGUCAUGGAAUAACAUUGGUGGUCGUUUAUCAUGGUCUAGUAAGGCGUUGUGAUGCUAAUUUAAAUAAUUUGUAACUCCUAUGUAACCUAUAUUAAUAAAAAAAAACCCUUUUCGACGACAGAUCACUUUUAACACGUAGCAAUCUUUAGCGAGACUUGUCGGAUGUUGUUAUUAAAUAAUGUAAAAACAAAAUUUCAAGUGAAUAUUUUCUUUAUUUUUGCGAAAUAAUUCAAACAUGAGCAGGGCAAAACUGGAGAUAGUUUAACUGUAAAAGAUUUGUUUAUAUAAACGGUAUUGUAACCAGCUGCAAUUUACAGUUAUGUACUUUUUCACUGUUUCCGUUUUCUUAAUAAAAAUGUUGAAAAUAUUAA